AGCUCGGGUCUUCCCUUCUUUGUUAGUCCCCAGCCUGCCCCUCCGGGGGGCACGUGUGCGAGUUCCCUUUCUGAUUGCCAGAAAUUUCUUUUCCACUGUGUGGGCAGGAGACAGAUUUUUUUUUACUGUCUCCCUUCUCUUUUAUUUAUUUUGUUCUCCGUUUCUCGUCCUCACCUCCGCCUGCCUGCCUUCCCCUCUUCUUCAUGUAGAGUCCUCCUCCUUCCCGCUUCCAUUUCAUCAUCUCUCCUCCCUCUGUCUCCGUUCCCUCCCCCCACCCUGUGCUCUUUUAAAAUAAUUCAGUGAUGGCUCAGGAAUACUAGCACACCCUCCUUCCUUAUUCAGCUGAGCGCGGGACUCUGCAUUAAUUCAAGAGCAAUGUUCUGUGAUGGUGCCCGAGAUGCGUGGACUGAGCCCAGGCCGCAGGCUGCCCGAGCCCGCCCCCUGCCCGGCUGUGGGGAGCCCUGAGCCCGGGGCCGCGGGCCGCCGCCGCCACGUGCUAGCCCUGCCGGAGGAGGAGGCAUGGCGGCCCCAGCAGUGCGCGCUGCUCGAGGCCGACGUCUCCGACGAGGUGGGCAUGCUGCCGGCCUCCCCGCGCGCCGCCGCCGGCUUCGACAACUUCUUCCCGGUGCAGGAGGGCGAGGGCCCGGGCUGGGAGGGCGGCGCGGCGCUGGAGGCAGGCUCCAGCCCCUUCCUCCCGGUGAGCCCCGAGGUCAUGAAGCGGAGGCGCGGGGGCCUCAUCGAACAACGCGACAUCAUCAAAGCGCACGAGGCACACAAGAUGCAGAGCACCCCGCAGGCGCGGCGCAAGGAGUGGGAGAUGGCUCGCUUCGGGGAGGCGGUGGUCGGCAGGCCGGGGUCGGGCGAUGGAGACUCGGACCAGAGCAGGAACCGGCAAGGAACCCCAGUGCCGGCCUCGGGGCCGGCGGCCGCCUACAAGCAGUCGAAAGCGCAGAGGGCGCGGACUAUGGCUUUGUACAACCCCAUUCCAGUCCGGCAGAACUGUUUCACCGUCAACAGAUCCCUGUUCAUCUUCGGAGAAGAUAACAUUGUCAGGAAAUACGCCAAGAAGCUCAUCGAUUGGCCGCCAUUUGAGUAUAUGAUCCUGGCCACCAUCAUUGCCAACUGCAUCGUGUUGGCCCUGGAGCAGCAUCUUCCUGAGGAUGACAAGACCCCAAUGUCCCGGAGACUGGAAAAGACAGAACCAUAUUUCAUUGGGAUCUUUUGCUUUGAAGCUGGGAUAAAAAUUGUGGCCCUGGGGUUCAUCUUCCAUAAGGGCUCGUACCUCCGCAACGGCUGGAAUGUCAUGGACUUCAUUGUGGUCCUCAGCGGCAUCCUGGCCACUGCGGGAACCCACUUCAACACUCACGUGGACCUGAGGACCCUGCGGGCUGUGCGUGUCCUGAGGCCUCUGAAGCUCGUGUCGGGGAUACCUAGCCUGCAGAUUGUGUUGAAGUCCAUCAUGAAGGCCAUGGUGCCUCUCCUGCAGAUUGGCCUUCUGCUCUUCUUUGCCAUCCUGAUGUUUGCUAUCAUUGGCUUGGAGUUCUACAGUGGGAAGUUACAUCGAGCAUGCUUCACGAACAAUUCAGGUAUUCUAGAAGGAUUUGAUCCCCCUCACCCGUGUGGUGUGCAGGGCUGCCCGGCUGGCUAUGAAUGCAAGGACUGGAUCGGCCCCAAUGAUGGGAUCACCCAGUUUGAUAACAUCCUCUUUGCUGUGCUGACUGUCUUCCAGUGCAUCACCAUGGAAGGGUGGACCACCGUGCUGUACAAUACCAAUGAUGCCUUAGGAGCCACCUGGAAUUGGCUGUACUUCAUCCCCCUCAUCAUCAUUGGAUCCUUUUUUGUUCUCAACCUAGUCCUGGGAGUGCUUUCCGGGGAAUUCGCCAAAGAGAGGGAGAGAGUGGAGAACCGAAGAGCUUUCAUGAAGCUGCGGCGCCAGCAGCAGAUUGAGCGUGAGCUGAAUGGCUACCGUGCCUGGAUAGACAAAGCAGAGGAAGUCAUGCUUGCUGAAGAAAAUAAAAACACUGGAACAUCCGCCUUAGAAGUGCUUCGAAGGGCAACCAUCAAAAGGAGCCGAACGGAGGCCAUGACCCGAGACUCCAGCGAUGAGCACUGCGUCGAUAUCUCUUCUGUGGGCACACCUCUUGCCCGAGCCAGUAUCAAAAGCUCAAAGGUGGACGGGGCCUCCUAUUUCCGGCACAAGGAAAGACUUCUACGCAUCUCCGUUCGCCACAUGGUUAAGUCCCAGGUGUUUUACUGGGUUGUGCUGAGCGUUGUGGCACUCAACACUGCCUGCGUGGCCAUCGUCCAUCACAACCAGCCCCAGUGGCUCACCCACCUCCUCUACUAUGCAGAAUUUCUGUUUCUGGGACUCUUCCUCUUGGAGAUGUCCCUGAAGAUGUACGGCAUGGGGCCGCGCCUUUACUUUCACUCUUCAUUUAACUGCUUUGAUUUUGGGGUCACAGUGGGCAGUAUCUUUGAAGUGGUCUGGGCAAUCUUCAGACCUGGCACAUCUUUUGGAAUCAGUGUCUUGAGAGCUCUUCGGCUUCUAAGAAUAUUUAAAGUAACCAAGUAUUGGGCGUCCCUGCGGAAUUUGGUGGUCUCCUUGAUGAGCUCCAUGAAGUCUAUCAUCAGUUUACUCUUCCUCCUCUUCCUCUUCAUUGUUGUCUUUGCUCUCCUAGGAAUGCAGCUGUUUGGAGGCAGGUUUAACUUUAAUGAUGGGACUCCUUCAGCAAAUUUUGAUACCUUCCCUGCAGCCAUUAUGACUGUAUUCCAGAUCUUGACAGGCGAGGACUGGAAUGAGGUGAUGUACAAUGGGAUCCGCUCCCAGGGGGGCGUCAGCUCAGGCAUGUGGUCAGCCAUCUACUUCAUCGUGCUCACCUUGUUUGGGAACUACACACUGCUGAAUGUGUUCUUGGCCAUUGCUGUGGACAAUUUGGCCAAUGCCCAGGAGCUGACUAAGGAUGAACAAGAGGAAGAAGAGGCUUUCAACCAGAAACAUGCACUGCAGAAGGCCAAGGAGGUCAGCCCGAUGUCCGCACCCAACAUGCCUUCUAUCGAAAGAGACAGAAGGAGAAGACACCACAUGUCGAUGUGGGAGCCACGCAGCAGCCACCUGCGGGAGCGGAGGCGCCGGCACCACAUGUCGGUGUGGGAGCAGCGCACCAGCCAGCUGAGGAGGCACAUGCAGAUGUCCAGCCAGGAGGCCCUCAAUAAGGAGGAGGCCCCGCCGAUGAACCCCCUGAACCCCCUCAACCCACUGAGCCCUCUCAACCCCCUCAACGCUCACCCCAGCCUUUACCGGAGACCCAGGGCCAUCGAGGGCCUGGCCCUAGGCUUGGGCCUGGAGAAGUGUGAGGAGGAACGCAUCAGCCGUGGGGGGUCCCUCAAGGGGGAUAGAGGGGAUCUGUCCAGCACCCUGGACAACCAGAGGAGCCCCUUGUCCCUGGGAAGACGGGAGCCUCCAUGGCUGUCCAGGUCCUGUCAUGGGAACUGUGACCCAACCCAGCAGGAAGCUGGGGGAGGAGAGGCCACUGUAACCUUCGAGGACCGGGCAAGGCACAGGCAGAGUCAGCGGCGCAGCCGGCACCGCCGUGUCCGGACAGAAGGCAAGGAGUCUGCCUCGGCUUCCCGGAGCAGGUCUGUCAGCCAGGAGCGGAGUCUGGAUGAAGCUGGGCCUGCUGAUGGAGAGAAGGACCACGAGCCCAGGGGUAGCCACGGGGGCAAGGAGCCAACGAUCCAAGAAGAGCGAGCUCAGGAUUUGAGGAGGACUAACAGCCUGAUGGUGGCCAGAGGCUCUGGGCUGGCGGGAGCCCUUGAGGAGGCUGACAUACAACCAGGGCUGCCGCACCCCAAGCUGGACGUGAGAAAGGGCACAGCACUGACAGAGGAGCCAGAAGGCAGCAGCGAGCAAGCCCUGCUGGGGGACGUGCAACUGGACAUGGGCCGGGCCGUCAGCCAGAGUGAGCCUGACCUCUCCUGCAUCAUGGCUGGCAAGGACAAGGCCACCACCGAGAGCACCAGCAUCGCUGUCUCCAUCCCUGAUGUGGGCCCCUUGGUGGACUCGACAGUGGUGCAUAUCAGCAAUAAGACUGAUGGAGAAGCCAGUCCCCUGAAGGAGGCGGAGAUCAAAGAGGAUGAGGAGGAGUUGGAGAAGAAGAAGCAGAAGAAGGAGAAGCGUGAGACGGGCAAAGCCAUGGUGCCCCACAGCUCGAUGUUCAUCUUCAGCACCACCAACCCGAUACGGAGGGCCUGCCACUACAUCGUGAACCUGCGCUACUUUGAGAUGUGCAUCCUCUUGGUGAUCGCGGCCAGUAGCAUCGCCCUGGCAGCAGAGGACCCCGUCCUGACCAACUCGGAGCGCAACAGGGUCCUGAGGUAUUUUGACUAUGUUUUCACUGGCGUGUUCACCUUUGAGAUGGUCAUAAAGAUGAUCGACCAGGGCUUGAUCCUGCAGGACGGGUCCUACUUCCGAGACCUGUGGAACAUCCUGGACUUUGUGGUGGUGGUUGGCGCAUUGGUGGCCUUUGCUCUGGCGAACGCUUUGGGAACCAACAAGGGGCGGGACAUCAAGACCAUCAAGUCCCUGCGUGUGCUCCGAGUUCUAAGGCCACUGAAAACCAUCAAGCGUCUGCCCAAGCUCAAGGCUGUCUUUGACUGUGUGGUGACUUCCUUGAAGAACGUCUUCAACAUACUUAUUGUCUACAAGCUUUUCAUGUUCAUCUUUGCUGUCAUCGCAGUUCAGCUCUUCAAGGGAAAAUUCUUUUAUUGCACAGACAGUUCGAAGGACACAGAGAAGGAGUGCAUAGGCAACUAUGUAGACCAUGAGAAAAACAAGAUGGAAGUGAAGGGCCGGGAAUGGAAGCGCCAUGAAUUCCACUAUGACAACAUUAUCUGGGCCUUGCUGACCCUCUUCACUGUAUCUACAGGGGAAGGCUGGCCUCAAGUUCUGCAGCAUUCCGUAGACGUAACAGAGGAAGACCGAGGCCCAAGCCGCAGCAACCGCAUGGAGAUGUCCAUCUUUUACGUGGUCUACUUUGUGGUCUUCCCUUUCUUCUUUGUCAAUAUCUUUGUGGCUCUGAUCAUCAUCACUUUCCAGGAGCAAGGGGACAAGAUGAUGGAGGAGUGCAGCCUGGAGAAGAAUGAGAGGGCAUGCAUCGACUUCGCCAUCAGUGCCAAACCUCUCACCCGCUACAUGCCACAGAACAGGCACACGUUCCAGUACCGCGUGUGGCACUUCGUGGUGUCCCCGUCCUUCGAGUACACCAUCAUGGCCAUGAUCGCCUUGAACACCGUCGUGCUGAUGAUGAAGUAUUACUCUGCUCCCUGCACCUAUGAGCUGGCCCUGAAGUACCUGAAUAUCGCCUUCACCAUGGUGUUUUCCCUGGAGUGUGUCCUAAAGGUCAUCGCUUUUGGCUUCUUGAACUAUUUCCGAGACACCUGGAACAUCUUUGACUUCAUCACUGUGAUUGGCAGUAUCACAGAAAUUAUCCUGACAGACAGCAAGCUGGUGAACACCAGCGGCUUCAAUAUGAGCUUCCUGAAGCUCUUCCGAGCUGCCCGCCUCAUAAAGCUUCUGCGUCAGGGCUACACUAUCCGUAUUUUACUUUGGACCUUCGUGCAGUCCUUUAAGGCUCUCCCCUACGUCUGCCUUUUGAUUGCCAUGCUUUUCUUCAUUUAUGCCAUCAUCGGGAUGCAGGUAUUUGGAAACAUAAAAUUAGACGAGGAGAGUCACAUCAACCGACACAACAACUUCCGGAGUUUCUUUGGGUCCCUGAUGCUACUCUUCAGGAGCGCCACAGGUGAGGCCUGGCAGGAGAUCAUGCUGUCGUGCCUCGGGGAGAAAGGCUGUGAGCCCGACACCACGGCCCCGUCAGGACAGAGCGAGAAUGAGCGCUGCGGCACCGACCUGGCCUACGUUUACUUUGUGUCCUUCAUCUUCUUCUGCUCCUUCUUGAUGCUCAACCUGUUUGUGGCCGUCAUCAUGGACAACUUUGAAUACCUGACGCGGGACUCCUCCAUCCUGGGCCCUCACCACUUGGAUGAGUUUGUCCGCGUUUGGGCAGAGUACGACAGAGCGGCAUGUGGCCGCAUCCAUUACACUGAGAUGUAUGAAAUGCUGACUCUCAUGUCACCUCCGCUAGGCCUCGGCAAGAGAUGUCCCUCCAAAGUGGCAUAUAAGAGGUUGGUCUUGAUGAAUAUGCCAGUAGCUGAGGACAUGACAGUCCACUUCACCUCCACACUUAUGGCUCUGAUCCGUACGGCUCUGGACAUUAAAAUUGCCAAAGGUGGUGCAGACAGGCAGCAGCUAGACUCAGAGCUGCAGAAGGAGACCCUGGCCAUCUGGCCUCACCUGUCCCAGAAGAUGUUGGAUCUGCUUGUACCCAUGCCCAAAGCCUCUGACCUGACUGUGGGAAAAAUCUAUGCAGCAAUGAUGAUCAUGGACUACUACAAACAGAGUAAGGUGAAGAAGCAGAGGCAGCAGCUGGAGGAACAGAAAAAUGCACCUAUGUUCCAGCGCAUGGAGCCUUCAUCUCUGCCUCAGGAGAUCAUUGCUAAUGCCAAAGCACUGCCUUAUCUCCAGCAAGACUCUGUUUCAGGCCUGAGUGGCCGGAGUGGAUACCCUUCGAUGAGUCCACUCUCCCCUCAGGAAAUUUUCCAGUUGGCUUGUAUGGACCCAACCGAUGAUGGACAGUUCCAGGAGCAGCAGUCUCUGGAGCCAGAGGUUAGUGAAUUAAAAACCGUGCAGCCCUCUAACCAUGGCCUCUACCUUCCUCCGGACACCCAGGAGCAUGCGGGAUCUGGGAGGGCGUCCUCUAUGCCACGUCUGACUAUGGAUCCCCAGGUGAUGACAGACCCAAGCUCUAUGAGGCGUUCAUUUUCCACCAUUCGGGAUAAGCGUUCAAAUUCCUCCUGGCUGGAGGAGUUCUCCAUGGAACGGAGCAGUGAAAACACCUACAAGUCGCGCCGUCGGAGUUACCACUCCUCCCUGCGGCUGUCAGCCCAUCGCCUGAACUCUGACUCAGGCCACAAGUCCGAUGCCCACCGUUCAGGGGGCAGGGAGCGGGGACGAUCAAAAGAGCGAAAACAUCUCCUCUCUCCUGAUGUUUCACGCUGCAAUUCAGAGGAGCGAGGGACCCAGGCCGACUGGGAGUCCCCAGAGCGCCAUCAGUCCAGGUCACCCAGCGAGGGCAGAUCACAGACCCCAAACAGACAGGGCACAGGCUCCCUGAGUGAGAGCUCCAUCCCCUCCAUCUCUGACACCAGCACCCCAAGACGCAGUCGUCGGCAGCUGCCUCCUGUCCCACCAAAGCCUCGGCCCCUCCUUUCCUACAGCUCCCUGAUGCGACACACUGGCAGCGUCUCUCCACCCGCUGAUGGAAGUGAGGGGGGCUCCCCACUGACCUCCCAAGCUCUGGAAAGCCACAGCGCUUGCCUAACCGAGUCUUCCAACUCCCCACACCCCCAGCAGGGCCAGCACCCUUCCCCACAGCGCUAUAUCUCCGAGCCCUACCUGGCUCUGCAUGAAGACUCCCACGCCUCGGACUGUGGCGAGGAGGAGACGCUCACCUUCGAAGCAGCCGUGGCUACCAGCCUGGGCCGCUCCAACACCAUUGGCUCGGCCCCGCCCCUGCGGCACAGCUGGCAGAUGCCCAAUGGGCACUAUCGGCGGCGGAGGCGUGGGGGGCCUGGGCCGGGCAUGAUGUGUGGGGCUGUCAGCGACCUCCUAAGCGACACGGAAGAAGAUGACAAAUGCUAGAGGCUGCUCCCCCCUCCGAUGCAUGCUCUCUCACACGGAGAAAACCAAGACCGAAUUGGGAAGCCCGUGCGGCCCGGGGGGGAGGAAGAGGGGAAAGGAAGGCAGAGGACACGUGCAUCACCGGAGACUCGGAAGUGAAAGACAAUCAGAAAACCAGUCACACCACCAAACUGCUUCAUUCCCCUUUGCAAGAUGGGCACUGCCAUAGUUCUGCCUCUUUGCUGGGGAAAGAAAACACAGGAGCGUGGGGGGGAUUCCCAAGGUAAAAGGGACAUGAGGACGGCUUUGCUAGCCCUUGCCCCUUCCCAUUUUUCUAAACGCUGUGGAGGGACCUAGCUGGCCUGUGUCUACGCUCAUUGUCCAGAGAAGCCUGGAAGACUUUCUGGCUCUUAACUGGGGAGUAGUGUGGAGACCACAGUAGAGGAAUCUCCUCCCUCACCAGCUCUCAUGCCUCAGCCAGCACCACUGCCACCUGGGCAACUGCAGCAGCAUGCAUUAUCCUGUGGCUUUCUUCCCCCAAAGAGGCGCAGGCUAAGCCAGGAGCAUCGGAUGCCAAGGGGAGGCUGAAGUGGAAGGGUCAGGGCACUGUGGCCACAGCAGAAAGGGCUGGUCUGGGUGAGAAAAGCCAUAGCCCAGUGGCCCCCACCGUGAGGAGAGGGUCCAAGCAACAGAAGUGAUGGUGCUGGGGAGGGGGACAGCCCCCUUUCCUUGAGGCCUGUUGCCUGCACAGUAGGUGCUGUGUCACUUAGGGUAGGUAAGGAGGUCUUCCAGGGUCCACAAGGUGCCUGAGGCUCUGGUAAGGGUGAUAGUAAAAGCCCUAUGUAAAAGGGUGAUAGUAAAAGCCCUGGAGUAAAAGCUCCACCCACCUUGUGGAGCUCAGCCACAGUGCUGGUGACCAUGCUGUCCCAGGCUUUGGCCCUUUAGUUGUGGAGGAACCCUCAGAGGGUGGAGGCAGGGGGUACCUAAGGAACUGAAGGCAGAGUCUGCUUUCCAACCAGUAUAGAAGCAAUUCAAUAUGUGUAACAGUGCCACAGCCGUACCAGCACAUUCUGGCUGAAGUCAGCCCACACUCUGGUCCGGGGGGCAGUGGGCCUCUCUGCCAAGCCCAGCGAGGCUACAUGCCAGAGGCCUGGCCUUCCCUGCCACUCGCCUAAGAGAGCAGGACACACAUAUCCAAGUGGGCCACCUCUCAUUGGGCGGGGACUUCCUUAAGGAUGCAAAGGCUGGUAGACAGAAACAAGAGAAGCUUCAGUGAAAGAGUCUGAACUUCCUGAGGACCUCUCAUGAGGAGGAACCAUGGGGUCUGCAGCUUCUGCAGCAGAUUUGGGGUUGAGGGUCAGUUUGUCAGGAUGCAUUAAGGUGAUUAGUAAAUAUACCUCAGCUUAGACCUGGGCUGCUGCUCCUUCUAGCAAAGCAGGCUCCAGUGGGGCCCAAGUCACCCCUGAAUAUUUUUCUGGGCCAGGACUGGGUUUCACCCCUACCCAGAGUAAGAGCUGGGUAGAAGACAGCCUCAGGCCACCGUGUCAUUCCUAACCAUCCCAGUGUGGAAAAACUGAGAGACAGUGCCCUUUCUUGGCUAGCCACUGAGCCUUUGGUAUAUAGUUCCAUCUGAGGGAACACAUAACUGGCUUCAUCUGAUGGAAAUGCACCCUCUCCUUAAGUUCCUCCCCAGUACUGUCACAGCAGAUGGGCAGCUGCCCUAGAAAGGGUGCCAGGCAGGGCCAUCCUUUCCCAGCAGGAGCAGAUGGAACCUGCCACCCAGGAGUCUCCACAGGGGGACACUGAGGCCCCUGCACUGAGGGCUCCAUGGACAAACACUUUAUCCUCCUGCCCUAACAGGCUCUACCCCUUAGUUAGGAGCAGUCUGUGGCUGUUAUUUUUCUUAGAAGGAGCCUGUUCUUCUUUUUUCUUACGAAAGUAUUUCCUUUUUUUUUGUUUGUUUAGUUUUUUUGUUUUGGUUUUUGUUUUUUUUUACUUUUUAGAUUGAAACAGAAAUAAGGCCUCUACUUUGGCCCUGAUAAGCUUAAAUUCAAAUAUGUGGCUAGAGAAUCCUUUGUCAUGGCCCUGCCUUCUCUUCUUGCUAUGGAUGGAGUUUUAUGACCAAUGGUCAGCCCCCAAACCAAAGUAGCUCCAAGACAGGAGGCCGGUGUGGCCGAGACAGAGCUCUCAGACCCUCUUCCAUCUUCAUUUUCCUCUCCCACUUAGCUCCUGUGUGCUGGAGGGUGGCUGGGAAUGUUUAAUACAUAUAACACCCCGAUCCUAACAGGCAUGAUCGUUCCCUAAGAAUGACGCUGGGCCUUGUGUUGUUUUUAAGGUUUCCUCUGCUCAGCGUCAUUUCAUGCCAAAGUGCUGCUAUGGGCUGCUUUGUGUGCACACAAUUGCUUUUUUUCCACCUUGGAAAUGCGGCUUUCCCUAGGGAAAGGCCUCCAACAAGACGACCAUUCUGAGCCAGCAAGUCUAUUGCACGAUGUUUUGAGAAAGGGAACUGCAGUGAUACCCUAUGCCACUUCAACAGUAGGAGAAAUGUAGGCUGAGAGCAAUGGCCAGAAGUGGAAUUUGCCUGCAAACAAUAGUAUCAGCAGUGAAUUCACUGUGUCGAGAAACCUCACAAGUAUGAGUCCUGAAUAAAGUGUUGUGAAGCUCUGCAGAUGCAGUCACCUGACCACCUGGUUUUUCUAGUACCAAUGAACUUAUGAACUUCUUUUAUUCAGCUUCCCUUGACCAAGAAAUUGGGUUUCUUUUCCCUUAACUUGCACUUACUCUUCUAUUAAGAUGAGAAAAUAAAAGAGAAUUUUCUGUUAAGUCACGAACUCAUUCUCCUAAUCUUCUUUGGUUUCCGGCUGCCUCUGAAUAAAUGUGAAUGCCAGCCUUCCCUUUUACAGCUGAUCAGGACUUCCUUUCCUAGGUAUCAGAUUCUGCCUCUUUUCUUUCCCUUGACAAGAGGCCCCUGUGGUCUCAGACCCAUGCUUCUCUUUAGAUUAAAAAUGAUGGCAGCACCUUGAGAAAUUCUAUGCAAAAGAAGAUGACAACCAGGGUCUGCCCUCAGAAGAGUCUUUAGUCAUAUGUUCAGUUUCCCUUGCUAAUAUCAGUGACAGAGGAAAAGAAACCAAGGCAGUGUGACGUUCUAGCGAGGCCUGUGUGUAGAUGCUCCUCAGGUCACCUGAGGCUCCGGGAAGAUGCAGGGUGGGGAUGCACACCUCUGUCUUCUCCUCUGUGUCUCUCUCUGCAUCUCUCUGUAUUUCCUUCCCUUUCCAUCACCAGGAGGACAGAGUGCUACCAGGCCUUUGGACCAGGCCAGGGCCAGCAUAGAAUUACCUGCCCUGUGAAGGGACAAUAUCCUCUAGCAACCCGUAGGCUCCAAAAGAGCCAUGAGCAGUUACUAUUCUUCUAGCUGAAAAAAAUGUUUCUGUUCUUGGCUUCACUUGUAUUCCCACUCAGUGUCCCUGUAGUGUACUGAGAUCACCAAGAACAAUUUCCCUGAAUGCUACAUGCUCUGGGUUUUGUCCUAACUCUGGGGCCACAAAAAGAAGACCACCAUGUUCUGCCCCUCAACUAGUAUCUCCCUUCCCCACACUGAUCCACCUCCCUCUAGAGCAGGUGUCCUCAAACUGCGGCCCGCGGGCUACAUGAAGCAGUGUGAAUUGUAUUUGUUCUCAUUUUGUUUUUUACUUCAACAUAAGCUAUGUGCAGUGUGCAUAGGAAUUUGUUCAUAGUUUUUGGGUUUUUUUUAAGCUAUAGUCCUGCCCUCCAACGGUCUGAGGGACAGUGAAUUGGCCCCCUGUUUUAAAAGUUUGAAGACGCCUGCUCUAGAGUCCAUGUGGUGAGCCUGAAGGUCCUCUGCCUUCCAUUUUCCCAUUCUGGCCUUCGCUUUGCUGCAUGUUAGCACGGACCCAUCCCUUGAGAUGGUUACCUCGAUCUGAUCCAAGCCUAUUUGCAGGCCUGACUGCUCUCCCAUGCUCAGCUGUUGGGGAAUGCCGUGUGCUAACGAAACAUGGUUUGCAACUCACCUGGUGAUCUUCAGAAGAUGAUCUGACACAGGGUGUUAAGGUGCAGGGACUAUUGGGUGGGUAAAGUGUAGACAAAAUGUCCAUGUACUGGAUAAAAGCUCACUGCCAGUAAAUUAGGUCUCUCCUGAAAUAAUAGAAUAAAAUGUUAAGUAAUUUUGAUUUUUAUAAAAUAAGUUCUAAAUUUUCCAUCAUAUUCUGUUUCCUCUGGAUGUCUCAUUUUUGGACAGUGUGUUUCUUCAAUAUGUAGAGCCAGGGACAAGUUGAGAAAUUCUUUGUCAACUUGCUUAUAGUCUAUAAUUAUAUAUAAAUAUCUAAAGAAAGGGCAAAUGUACAGCAUAAGGGGAGCAGAUUGACAUUGACCUUUGAGGGAUUUUUGUGAGACUUUAAGGUUAAGGAAUUUACUGCUGUUUUUGUUAAUCGGUUUCACAUCUAUUUGUUAUGAAGUGUCUCCAUGCUUUUGUGUGGAUUUGCUCCCAUUAGCUCUCUCUCCCACCUGCAGGUCCUUCCCUCCUGGAUCUUAGUGCAUUGAGUACCAUCAAAGACGUGUGGGGAGGACUUUAUGAUGCAGGAAAGAAAGAAGAAGCAGGUCCCUAGCAAGUGAACAAGAAUCUUUAAAGAAUCAGGUCCAGAUUUAGAUAAUUUAUCUUUAAAAUAUGUCCUCACUAAGGCUCUUGUUUUAACAAAAGCCACACAAAAUCAGCUCAAGGGUCAUCACCUAAAUUUCCAUGAAGGUAAUCAAAGAGAUCCCACAUUCAUAAGCACUGCCCAUACCAGGAGCUUUGGGGUUUGGAUUUAUUUUUUUUCCUUUUUUUGGUUUCUGAUUUUUCUUCUCUGAACCAUCCCGUAACUAUAGCCAGGUCUACCCCAGAUAAAGCAGCAGCUGAUGCCAUCUCUGCUAGCUGCACAGGGAGAGCUCAGCUCAUGUAGGGGUUUUGUCAGCUGUCAUGUGCUGCAACUCACUUGGAACAGAACUAUCUUUGGUUACCUGUGGUCAUCUUUUUCAGUCCUUGAUCCUACUUUCUGCUUUGACCUUCUGAGGCUUAUGCAUCCCAGGGAGAACCCACCAAGCCAAAGAAAAAAGAGUCAAAGAUUGUCCCAACCUACCCAAAGGAGCUAAAAUUCUUCUCUGAACAAAACUCAAGCCAGUUGGACAGACUGGCUGAGCAGUAUUAAUGGGGCUCACAACAGAGUCCGAACAGUGGUUGGUAAGACUGGUGUGCCCCAAAGCACCCUUCUAUUUUUAUAGUCUUCUUUCCUUCUGCCCACCCUCUGUCUCCAUGCUAUACGUAAGGAGAUUAGUAUCUUGAUGUUUAAAUGUGAAGAGAUUUUAGAAUAAGCCAUGUUACUAUGUCAAUACAUUAUGAAGUUUGAGUUCUUAUUUCUGGAGGCAUGAAAGAGUUGAGUAGAUCAGGUAGAAGAAGGUGCAGGGAUUUAUGUUUAUUUUUAUUUGUUUGGCUAGCUUCUGGGUUUUUUUCUAACAGACCUGUUCUAGAAAAGCAGACAAGGAUAAAUUUGUGCUCCGCAAUUUUUCCAAAUCUGCUUUAAGAAUCAUUUUCCAUCUAAUUUAAUGAUAUGAUACUUCAGUAAAAAAUCUGAGGUUACAAAACCAGCUCCUCCUCCUUUUCUCACUGGUCUCCCUUGUUUCCUUCUUUCUCGUUGUGUCUAAGUUAAUCUCUGCCUUGGUCUCUACAUCCACAUCUCUGUCUCUUCUCUUUUUAAGGACUUAAAAUAUGACUUAAAUCAAUGAAAAACUACCUGAAAACUUCAGUGAAAGCUAAGGAAAUAAUAGUACAUAGAAUUUUUUCAGGACAUCUUUAACCAAUAAAUACAAAAUUUAUGUAUUCAUAAUUUUUUUAAACAGUGUAGUAAUCUGGUAAAUGAAAACUAUUAGAAGUCAAAAAUUAUAUUCCAGCCUUCCAUACCAAAAUUUGUGCCUUCAGCAAGCAUCUCUUUACUUUCCCUUGUUGGGAAGAUGGAAAUAACAACGUGUGGCUAACUCAUGGCUCUGUCAAGUGUUUGUAAGUUAAUAAUACAUAAUUUAAAGCACUUAAUCUUCAUAAGUCCAUUUAGAAAAACCUUCACCUGUUAUAUCCCAUGAAGGACCUAUGGAAUUAUUGGCAUUGCUAUAAGCAUUUAAUUUUUUUUUUGGAAGAAACUUCAUGUUUAAUGGAACCUGAAUCCAGGAUGUGCUAUAAUUUUACACUCUAUUCUUUCCAUUUUCCCUUAUUCCUUUUAUUAACUCUCCAAUUAAAAGAAAAGAAAUAGACUUCUAUUUUAAUCCAGGAAGAUGAGUUUUCAUGUCCUGAGCUUCCCGGUAUCAUCUUCUCUCCGUGGACACUUCAGCCUGACCACAAGCUAACACUUAGCAUGUUCAUCCACACACCUGCUCCAACCUAGCACUGGAAAUAUAAAUAAGUUUUUCUUGCUCUUCUUGUUCUGUAAGUUUGUCAGAGAUAAGAAUGGACUUCUCUAUAUAUUCUAGAAUCAGAUCCUAGAAUUUGUUCCAGGUGGUACCACUUCCUCUUCGAUUCACUCAGAGAAUGACCCCCAAACUGAAAGGGAGUUUAAACCAUAUUUGCAAAAUAUGAAUUUGACUUUAUUCAUCAGUUCAGUUGUUUUCUUUCCAGUAUUUUGAUUUCUUAUGGCAAUGGCCUGUAGCACCCAAGAACCACCACCCAAAACAAACCUAGUAAAGAGAUGAGUAGGGAAAAACACACUCAAAAUUUCAAAGUGCCAUUAAUCAAUUUUUUAAAAAUAAAGGAAAUAUGAAAUGAGGGCUAAACAAUGUAAUAGAACUGCCUGUUAAAGUAUACAGUAGUUGUGGUCUUAGUUACAUUUGGUGGAGAAUUGUAUAAUAUUAAGCAGAUCCCAGCAGAUUUAGUAAAAACAUAGGUAUUGAAUUCUAAUGGCUACCAACGGGGGUAUAUAUAUACUUAGCCUGCAGGCUGAACUUUAGUCAGCGUUUUUCUAUCCUGGUGUUUUGUGAACAAGCCAAAAUUUAUAUAAAGCCACCCUAAGUGCUGCAAUUGCAGAGGAAUUUGCCUCUUGGUGACAUUAGAGAGCAGUCCAGUUCCCCUCAAACAGAGUCCAAGAUCUUGAACUUGCCCAGAAAAACAAUGGAGGAGAAAAAUCUGAUGCACCAAGUGCGUUUGGCAUUCGUAGCUGGGACAACUGAGUGGAGGGGGCGGAGAGACACUAUAGAACAAAGACAAGGUCGAGGUGGGAAAAUAGUGGCAAAUUCCAGAAGAGGACAGGCUUAGAGAUGUAUUAUAUUUCCAUCUUGGAUGCCCUUUUUUACUUAGAUUAUGGGUAAACUCCUUAGCAUAAUACUGGAUUUGGAGAAGUCCUUUCCAUUAAACUCACCUAGGGUAGUGGAUUUGAAGGCCUCAGAGGAUUAACAGGUUCCUAAUUUUUUUUUUCCAGAACUGAGAGAUGGAGAGAAAGGAGGUUCUUGCUUUAAAGCAGCCCAAAGACAAUCUUUAUGACUUCAGCAACUUUUCAAUGUAGUAGUGCUAAUAUGGAGAGGUUACAUUAACCAUCCUAGUGGUAUAAAUGCCAUGGGAGGGAAGAGGGGACAGUGAGUGGGACAGGGGGAGAGCUUUGUCAGGGUUAGGUUUCAAACUCUGCAGGGUACAACAGUACCAACCUCAAAGAAUAACACAGCAAGGAGGUGGACUAUGGGGUCCAUACUCUCUGUCCUUUGGGCCCCAUGGUCAGGCCAUUCCCACCGUGAUUCGCUCUUACGGGAUGAGCACAU